GGUGUAGAGUAGUUCGGCGGGAUCAAAGUAAAUGGAGCUCAUACUGCUGUCUUGUAUGUUGAAGGUCUGGUCUUCUGUCAGCAAACACCAUGGGACACAAGGGUGAGUCAAUAUAACAGCAGGUUUAUUGAAGUAAUGUGUCCUUUCCUUUCUUUUAGGGGGAAUGCCAGGAACAGAGGAUCAGUGGAGUGCUAUAGAACUUGUUAGCAGAUCGCUGGAGUACGUGGAGAUGAGUAAACAGAGAGUUGAGUCAGACACGAGGAGAACACAAGGGAAUGCUCAAGAAGACAGAUGAUGGAUGAAGAGACGAGGAGAUAUGCUGCAGAAUAGGACAGUGGAGUAUCUUGGAGCACAAUAAGGAAUACACAAGAUGAAUCAUUGGAACAAAGAGAAAGAGCGGAAGGCACGGGAGAAAGAGACAAAGGAGCGUGAGUCGCGUUACAGCAAUGGUCACCUGUUUACCUCCCUCAGUGUUUCUGCCACCACACUCUGCUCGGCAUGCAACAAGAGCAUCACUGCAAAAGAAGCCCUCAGCUGCCCCACUUGCAAUGUGACCAUUCACAACCGCUGUCGUGACACACUGGCCAACUGCGCCAAAAUGAAACAGAAGCAACAAAGGCUGGCUCUGGUCAGGAACGCCGCAACUUUACCUAAUGUGGCCCUCCGCAGCAAAAAUCCAAUACUGAAGGAGAGGCCGAGUUCAGCCAUUUACCCAUCAGAGACACUGAGACAGUCUUUCCUCGGUUCCCGCAAAGGACGCUCCACACUGUCACUCAACAAGAGUGUUUCCACCAAUAACAUUGCAGGAAGUCUAAAUGAUGACUCUCCUGUUGGACUGAGGCGGAUUCUGUCUCACUCCACAGACUCUCUGAACUUCAGGAACAGAGCCAUGUCCAUAGAAUCCCUUAACGAUGAAGGAGAAAUGUAUUAUGCAUCAAUGUUGGAAGAACUGGAGAAGGAUGGGAAGGAUUUUGAGGCAGAUUCCUGGAGUCUGGCUGUGGACACUUCUUAUCUACAGUCUCAACGCAAAGACAUCAUCAAGAGACAAGACGUCAUAUAUGAGCUGAUUCAGACAGAGCUGAACCACAUGCGUACGCUGCGGAUCAUGGAGGGGGUGUUUCGCAGAGGAAUGCUGGAAGAGGUGUUGAUGGAGUUGGGUGUGGUUCACGCCAUCUUUCCGUGCUUAGAUCAGCUGCUGUCUAUUCACUCCAAUUUCCUGAGCCAACUACUGCAGAGAAGAAACAAUAGCCUGGCACCCAGCAGCACCCGGAACUUUACCAUUCAAAAGCUGGGGGAUAUUCUGGUGGAGCAGUUCUCAGGUAAGAAUGCAGAAGAGAUGAGGAAAUGCUAUGUUGAAUUCUGCAGUCGACACCUGAAAGCUGUGAAACUCUAUAAGGAGCUGCUGGCCCGCGAUAAGAGGUUCCAGCAGUUCAUACGGCGGGUAAGCAGAGGUUCUUUACUGCGUCGCCAUGGUGUCCAAGAGUGCAUCUUACUCGUCACUCAACGCAUCACGAAAUACCCUGUACUUAUCAAGCGCAUACUAGACAACACUAAAGGUAAUGAAGAAGAGAGUAAAUCUCUGGCUGACUCUCUGACGCUGAUCCGGGAGCUGCUGUGUUCCGUGGACCAGCAGGUUCAAGAGUUAGAGCGAGCACAGCGUUUGCAGGAGAUCCAGUCUCGUCUGGACCCACGAGCUGAGACGAAAGUUAAGGGUGGAGGAGUGUUUGGUGGAGGAGAGCUGCUGCGCCGUAGACUCAUUCACGAGGGAGCACUGCUCUGGAAGACUGCUCAAGGCUCCAGACUCAAAGAUGUGCACGUUUUGUUGAUGACAGACAUCCUGGUGUUCAUGCAGGAAAAAGACCAGAAGUAUAUUUUUCCCUGUCUGGACAAACCGGCAGUAUUGUGCCUUCAGAAUUUGAUUGUGAGAGAUAUAGCCAAUCAGCAACGAGGAAUGUUCCUCAUCAGUCACUCCACACCUCCAGAGAUGUACGAGCUCCACGCUGCCUCCAAAGACGACAGAAACAGUUGGAUGAAACUCAUUCAGCAGACAGUGAGCAACUGUCCAUCAAGAGAGGAUUUCCCUCUGAUUGAAACUGAGGACAAAGCUUUGCUACGGCGACUGAGAGCUGAUAUCCAGCAGAAGGAUCGUGAAGUUUUGGAGCUGUUACAGGAGCGUGUGACAUUGUUCUCUGAUUUGGCCGAGGCCAGCGGAGGUCAGAAUGUUAACGUUCCCACUAACUCCAGAAAUAUAUUCAGAGCAGAUACGCCCUACGCUCCCCAGGCGGAAAAGCUACUGAAUGACGCCAUUGUUGAGGUGGACAGACUGAGUGAAGUGCUGUUGGGUUCCUGCAUUGAGCGUUCACAGGCCUUCAGAUUGAACGGUGAAUCGACAGAGGUACAAUUCACCUCUAAAACAACAGAUAAAGGAACGAUAUCAGUUAACGGAACCCAUGAAAUAAACAGUCCAUCUAACAAGGACAGGAAUGGGAACCAGCUGCAGGACAAGUUGCUGAAUGAGGAGGUGUGCCAGAGACUUGUGAACCUCAGUACUCAGCUUCAUGCAGUACAGGCUGCAGUGAUCAAGCAGGACUCAAUCCUGGAGGUGUACAUGCAGAAGGACUUGUGUCCCACUACAACAGUAGUGCUCGAGGCAGGUAGUCCAGAGGGCACGCACGGAGAUCUGGCAGAGCUACAGCGCAAAUACAACCUGCUGCAGGGAGAAGUGAUCCGACUACAGGCCGCCCAGGACAAGACGGGCGAUAGAGCACCUAUUCAGCUUGAAAAACAACUCCAAGAGCUGCGGCUUAAAGACACAGUGGAAACACGUGACACAUUGAUCUCACAGGAAACAGCAGUUCAGGUGGAUGGCGUGCAAGAGGACGGCAAGAUGGCGAUAUUUCCUCGAGCUGAGAGUCCCAGAGAUCUGCAGGAUAUUCCAGAGGAGAGUGAGUGUGGGACUGAAGCUCACAGUUAACAUCAGCUCAACUGGAAGAUCAGUUUACACAACGUUUUCAGCCAAAACCAGGAAACCUUUUUUAUGCGUUUUGCCUGUUCGUUUACACGACAACGUCGUUUUGGGGACUGAAAAUGCAUAUUUUUGAAAACGGGUUUCAAAGUGCAAGUUUUUGAAAACGCCACCGUUAUCGUUUCCGUGUAAACACCCAAUACGGGAAUCUUCGAAAACGUCCUGCACGUGAGUAGUAUGUGUUAGGCAUGUAGACAUGCGCAGUAUGUGUCGAUUUUAAAGGCAAGCGUGAACAAACAUACACAACAAUGGUGGAGUACAUGGUACUGUUGUUGCUGUUUUAGAGUUUGCUAAUGCUUCUUCAGCAAAAUGUGGAUUUACUUCACCAAUAUUACAAUCAACAGCGGAGACGCAUCAUAUAUAUCAUAUAAUCGUCACUUUCCUGGUACUCUUUAUUAACAAGGUGACAGCGCCAACUACUGGUCUGGCAAACGUAAUACAGCGUUUUUGGCCGUUUUCGCGGAUAUGUGAAAACGUGAAUUGUUUUGAAAAUAUUAUGUAUACGUGAAACUUUUUAAAAACGCAAGGGAAAAACGUUUCAGUUUUUGUCUACAUCGUUGUCGUGUAAACAUAGCCUUAACCUCCUCCAAAACUCUAGAAAAUCACCUCAGCAGUCAGCUAUGACUCAAGGCCUGUUCACACCACGCCAAAAACAUGCUGGAAAUGUGACAAAUGUUUUUUUUUUUUAUGAAUAGGGAAUGUAAUUCUCUUUUCUGUCUAACUGCACAUAAUGCUGGUGGUGCUCAUGAACAGACUAUUUUGUUAAACAACAGUGAAUAGCAGAGGAAGAAGUCUGAAUCUUUUCUCUGGUGUUGCUUGAUAAACACCAUAGUGAGGGCUGUUUGAAAACAUGUAAAUACUGUUUUGACUCCUUUCCUUCUCUGUAAAAAAACGGGUGUCUCAAACCACACAACACGUUGUGUACUGGAGUAACCAGGGUAAUUCUGCUUUUUCUAUAAGCACCUCCUUCUCUCAGAGAGUGAUUUAGUAUUUUCGUUCAGCCCUGCCUUUUUUACACAUCGGUUUGAACAGACAAAAUGCAAACAUUUGACCAAAUUUGUGUUAGUGUGAACAGGCCUUUAUUCUGUAGAAUAAUGUUGUUGCAUUUUAUAUUAAACAUAGUAUAGAACAAUUAAGUCUUUUUAUCAAAAUUUUCAAUGUUUUUGCAAACAUUGUCUACAUUAUUUUACAGUUGUUAUUUAAAUGGUUAAUGGUGUAUUUUUUUAAUGAAAGGACUAAAUACUGAAACAUUAGAAUAUAUUCUGUGCUUGUGCUGACUUCCAGUUUUAAUAUAUUGAUUGUCAAUUUUAGCUGUAUUGUCCAUUGUUAUAUUAUUGGAAGGAUGUCUCAUUGGACAUGAUUUUCUUCUGCUGAAAAUAAGUGAUAUUAUGGUAAAAAUUAAAUGUAUGAAAUGUAGCACAUUGAAUGCCCUGCUCAUUUGGCAGCAGCUUAAAAAAGUUUGAAUGCAGUUGUAACUACAGUUUGCCUCCUAUAAAUGAUAAUAAAUGUUAUGAACAGUGGAGGGUUUUUCUUACU